UUAGUCAUUUUUAAAGAAAAGGAAGAACACAAGAGAGGAGAAGAACUACAAAAAGAAUCAAUCAAUUAAUAACUCUAUCUCUCUCUCUGAGUCUCCGUGGAUCUGCUCUUUCCGGUAAUAUUUAAUUUCCCCGGUGAUUACAUGAGUUUCGCCGCCGGCGACUGGUCCUGAGAGUGACCUUUACUCCAUGGGCGACACUACCGAGGUCUUCAAAACCUUCCGUGGUCUGGUUGAUAGCGCUGACCGCAAAUUCGCUAGGGUUCGUGACGUCCCAUCGUAUGGUCAUGGACACAACCAUUACUUCCACAAGGUCUUCAAGGCUUACACUCGUCUCUGGAAGUUCCAGCAAGAGAACCGUUUGAAGCUCGUCGAGUCUGGUCUUCAGAGAUGGGAAAUCGGUGAAAUUGCGUCGAGGAUUGGUCAGCUUUACUACGGUCAGUACUUGAGGACUAGUGAAGCAAGGUUUCUGCUCGAAUCUUACAUUUUCUAUGAAGCUAUACUUAAUCGUGGUUAUUUCGAGGGACCAAAAGGGGUGGCCAAGAAUCUCAAUUUGCGGUAUAAGGAGUUGAGGUUUUAUGCGAGGUUUCUCAUUGUUUCGUUGCUGUUGAAUCGGUCUGAAAUGGUGCAAAUACUCGUUGAGCGGUUUAAGGCUCUUGUUGAUGAUAGCAAGGCUUCUUUUCGGGAGAAUAACAUCAAAGAAUGGAAGCAGGUGGUACAAGAAAUUGUACAGUUUUUGAAAGCUGAUUUAGCUUUUACAAAUGCAAGGACUCUUCGAUAUUGUGCUUUGUUUGACUCCCAUCCUACUUCACUUCCAUAUGUAGCUCGAUUCCAUGCAAGGAGGGUUCUGAAGUUGAAAGAUGCAUUGCUGAUGAGUUAUCACCGGAAUGAGGUCAAAUUCACAGAACUAACUUUGGAUGCUUUUAGAAUGCUGCAAUGUUUGGAAUGGGAACCUAGUGGAUCUUUCUACCAAAAACGUCCAGUGGAAUCAGCCAGCAAUGGUGUAAGUGACCAGUCUGGACCAUCUGGGCUUAUUGAUAUAAACAUUGCCAUGGAUAUGACAGAUCCAACUCUACCUCCAAAUCCUAAGAAGACUAUUCUUUAUCGUGCAUCAGCGCCACAUUUGGUAUCUGUUCUUGCUACGUUGUGUGAAGAGCUCCUUCCAGAGAGUGUGUUACUAGUGUAUUUAUCAGCAUCAGGAAAGGCUGGUCAAAGUCCUCAGAUGGAAAGUUUGAAAGCUUCAAGGAUCCCUUCAAACAUGAAAGGAGAUUCAAGUGUCUAUUUCGGGAAUUCUUUAUGGCUGGGGCCUAGAGGAAGUGGAGGUUCAAACCACUUUUACCCUGGUGAUAUCAUUCCUUUUACCAGAAUACCUCUGUUCCUCAUUAUUGAUAGUGACAAUAGCCAUGCGUUCAAGGUGGUGCACGGUGCAGAAAGGGGAGAGACUACCGCGCUGCUUCUUUCUCCCACAAAGACGGUAUUCCGGAGCUCAACUGGGGCUGAUCUAACUCAGAAUGGUAGCCAGUUUACAUUUUUCCUUACUUCUCCUUUACAAGCUUUUUGCCAAUUGUUUGGCCUCUCACCCUCUGAUACUGCUCCGGGUAUGUACAACAAAGCUGAGAACAUACUCGCCACUGCCUUUUCUGAAUGGGAAGUGAUACUCUGUAAAUCAACUUCCCUCGAUUUGGUGUGGGCCCAAGUUUUAUCUGAUCCAUUUCUACGCAGGCUUAUUCUCAGGUUUAUAUUUUGUCGGUCUGUGCUUUCUCUCUUCUGCCCUCCAGGGGAUAAUGAGCAAUAUCUACCCGAGUGCUUACCCCAUCUUCCGGAUUCCGUCUCUUCAAGCUCUGAAGCAGUUCAAUCUAUUGUCCUCCAUCUGGCACAUACCCUUGGUGUUGAGUGUUUCCAGUCCAAGCAUACAUAGCUAAAAGCUGGAGAAAUUAUGAGAUCAUCAAAUUCUCGAAUCCAAGAAGUUAAUUUGAUGGGUCCUGAGACGAGGGCAUGCAGUUCAAGUCGCAGGCUCAUAUCAAUGGGUCGUGGGGAAGAAGCUAAUCAGCAACUGAAUUCCCGCCGGCAAUGUUGAGGAGAACAAUUAUUUUUGUUAAGGGAUGGGGGUUGUAAGACAAUUUGGCUAUUUCAGUGUCUUGGCAUACCCCCACUGUUUAUCAAGCGCUUGCUGUGGAUGUCAUAUUGGUAUAAGCCAAUGCAGGCCUGUGUGUCUUGAUUGUCCAAAGGGCAUUGUAUUUAUAUAAUUUGGUUGUCAUUAAUAUUAAAGGAUGGAGGUGUAGCAAAAGUAGAUUUAAUUUAUUUUUAUACCUUGUAAAAGAAACCAAGUUCUUAAUAUAGAGAGGUUAUUCUUCUUGCCAA